CAAUUUAAUCUUCGGUCAAAUUAUAACCUUAAAGUUUUGCCUCGAAAACAAUUCUAAAUUUGAUGAUAUUGAUUAGUUCUUAUUAGUUUACUACAAACAGUGAUGUUGCUUACAAAAAUGUCAACAAUAAGAUCGUUGUUUAAAAUAGGCAGGCAUUCUCUUUUACUCCGACAAUGUUAUUCUUCCGAAAAUUCAUUGAAGUUAUCUGAACCAGCCGUGCAAAAGUAUCUUAGACAUUUAUUGUUAGAACACGAAGAACUUUUAAUUAAAUCACGUCGCAACGAUGCAGAAGUCAAACGACUGCGUGAAAUAAAGCCUAUUGUUCAAGUACUUGAGGAAAGGAUAGCUUUGUUUGACAGUAUCGAAAACCUCAAAGAACUCAAUAAAAAAGAGAACCAGGAUGAUGAAAUGAAGAAAAUGGUUAAGGAGGAGGCUCAGAUUUAUCUCGGACGUCUCAAGGAAGUAGACAGUGACCUCCAGUCAGUUCUAUUUCAACCAUAUUUAACAGAGGGUGGCAUUUUGCUAGAAGUCACAGCCGGCGCAGGUGGUCAAGAGGCCAUGCUGUUUGCCCGAGAGCUUUUCGAAUUAUAUGAAUCGUAUGCAAAUUUUAAGGAUUGGGAAGUAAAUAUAGCUUCUAUUGAAAAGUCUGACAUUGGGGGUAUUAGAAAGGGUUCCAUGCUGAUUAAAGGAAUUGGUGUGCCAGAGCUCAUGAAGCUAGAAGCCGGGGUGCACAGAGUUCAAAGAAUACCUGCUACAGAAAAGGGAGGCCGCAUACACACUAGCACAGUGUCGGUAGCAGUUUUGCCGCAGCCUAGUGAGGUUGAACUAGAUAUACCUGAUAGGGAUAUUUCAAUUGAAACUAAGCGAGCAAGUGGUGCAGGGGGACAACAUGUGAAUACAACGGACAGUGCUGUUCGUAUCACACACCUGCCGACUGGCACUGUUGUAGACUGCCAGGAGGGACGGUCACAGAUAAAAAAUAAAGAAAUUGCCAUGCAGAAACUGAGGACUCUCUUGCUACAGAAGCAACAAGAAGAACUGACAUCCAAAAUCAAUGCAGAGAGGAAAUCCCAGGUUGGGUCAAGCAAUAGAAAUGAAAAAAUCAGAACAUACAACUAUCCUCAGGAUAGAGUGACUGAGCACCGGCCAGGCGGCAGUACGGUGCACAAUCUCAAGGCCUUCAUGGAGGGAGGCGACCUACUGGAAGAGCUCCAGGAAUCUCUUCUGAGAGAGGCACGCUAUCAAACUGUUAUGAGUGAAAUUGAGGAAUUCAAUAGGAAAUAUGGGCAGGAGGAAGCCUCUACUAGUUAGACUGUAAGUCAUUUUAUUUAAUUAAUUGUAGUCUGUAUCGAGAUAAUAAAUAAUAAUUCAGCCUAUAUAAGUCCCAUUGCUGGGCUGCUGUAUCGAGAUAAAAGUAGUUAAUUAAAAAUACUGUUAAACCAAAACAACAAAUAUUUAUUCUUUACCAAAUGAACAAUCACAUUUUAUUUCAAGGAAAUAAAUAAUCACAUUUCUAUUUUAUGACAGAGAUUCAAAAUAUGUAUUUUACUAAAUACUAAAAUAUAUUCUUACAAAUAGAAAUAUGACUGUAAAGUAUUUAAUAAAUUGAAUAAAAUAAUAUUUUUUGUUUAAAA